UAAAACAUAAUGUUAUGGUUGGAAAUUUGACCGUCCUCUGAGCGGAGUUCCCAGACGCCCUUCAGCCGACAGAAAGAAACAAAGACCGCUCUUUUCGCCCAAGACAGACACAAGCCUAACGUGAAACCAUGGCAGGGACGAUUGCACGGAAAGCUAUUGACCACUUGAAGAGCAAGGAGUUCAGAGAGUACUUGAUGAGCACACAUUUCUGGGGUCCUGUAGCAAACUGGGGUCUUCCUAUCGCUGCCAUCACAGAUAUGAAGAAGAGCCCUGAAAUUAUCAGUGGCAGAAUGACCUUUGCUCUGUGCUGUUAUUCGCUGCUGUUCAUGAGGUUUGCCUACAAAGUGCAACCCCGCAACUGGCUACUGUUCGCUUGCCAUUUGACCAAUGAGUCAGCCCAACUGAUCCAGGGUAGCCGUCUCAUCAAAUACAACAUGGAGAAGAAGAUGGGCUCUUAGUCCCUGAUGCAGAUGGACUCCAGAGUGGCACUGUGCUGCUUCAACUCUCACCUAAACCUUGAAAUCUUGUCUCUGAACUUAUCUAAUUAGUAAACUGCUGCACUUCCGUUCUUUUUAGUAAAUAGCAAACAAACUUGAUAUUAUCAUGAUUUGUACCUUAUGUUUCAGCCACUUUACUAAAAACAGGGAUAAAAACUGAUGCUUUGCUCUAUAAAUUAAGGUCAAUUGGUGUGAAUUAUUUGUGUUCUUUUUUGGCAACAUUCAACAUGAUGCACUAAAAUAUAAUUUGGAAGAAUAGACACAAGUCUAAGCAGCCUGACAGUAAGAUGUCUUGCACCCAGGAUCUGCUUUCUUUAACUUUUAAACAAAACGAACCAUUAUUUGUCUAAUUUUGGCAAACUUGAGGUCACGCUGUUCAAAUAUGUCCUCACAAUAUUUUUUUUUUGUGUGUGUGUGUUAAAUUCAAAACACACAGGGGUUAAGCUGUUUGUCUUUUGAGUUAGAAAUUAUUCUGUAAAUUGUAUAUAUGAGUAUAUCUGUGGGAAACUUGUCAAACUAGUCUCCCACAAGUGUCAAAAGACAUUCAAAUAAAUGUUUAAAACAAAAUCAAUAGUUGCAUCUUUUCAUGUGGUGAAACUGUCCACGUUAUAAAGCAGUACAAUCAUGGUACAAACUCAGACUGGCUAGGUUAUCAUCUGGCAUGACCAGACAAGAGGAGCUGCUGCUUCUGCCGGUGCUUUUCAAACAUGCACUGUGUGUUAUCAUGUGUCAUUCCCAUUAAUUUAUUGUCACUGUAUAAUUCACAUUAUUUUCCCUGAUUAAUAUUUGGAUUCUAUAAGUUUGUUAAAAUAAACUGACUAUGACAAAAUUGA